AUGUUUCAUCGAAAAUCUACAAUUAUUAUAACAAACCAAUAUAUUUUAAUCAUUGGAAUUGUUUUAAUGGUUAGCGAUCAAAUUAAUGGGUUAGCAUUACAUAAUGAUGGAUUACUUUUGAAAGAUUUAAAGUUUACAAGACCAUGCCCGGAAAAAAAUUAUCAAUUUCAUAAUGCUACUGGAAAUUUUAUGUGCGUUGUACCAACAGCUAAAAAAUGUUUUGAAUUAUGUCAAGAAUUAGGUUGUAAUGAAUGGUAUUUUAUGAGUUUUGUACCAUCUGGUAGUGAAGAAAUUAAAAAACAUCAUCGUUGUCGAUGUUUCCCGGAAUAUCAUAUGUGUUUUUAUAAUUCAGUACCAAGAAGAUAUCGUGAUUUUGAAUAA